AUGACGGGCGCCGCACCCAUUGACAUCAGACAGACCUCGGUCUCACCGCCGGGGCAGCAGGCGUCGAAUCUCACAUCCGCGCUGCAGAGAGCCGCCACAGGUGAGCGCACGGGCAGUAUAUCGCAUCAUGCCAGUGGUGGUCUCGGCGUGUUCAAGGCCCCGCCACCUCGUAAGGACUCGAUCGGUGCCGCCACGACGCACUGGGGGAACGGAACAAAGCCCAUCUCGAUGUCCGGCUCGGCACGCGACAAAGGUCGCCGCGAGUCGUUGGCCGGGAGUUUGGUCGGUGGUAUGAGCUGGGGUGGUGUGUCGGUCGGAAGCUGGAUUCGCGACGACAUCAUCAUGACUGGCACAUCGCCCUUUACCUUCCAGUCGCCUUCUUUCCACUCCUCAUCAUAUUUGCCGAAGCUAGAGGCCAACUUCAUGCGCGACUUUUCCUGCUGCGGUGUGACGUUACCAACGCUCCAUGACCUAUUACAGCAUUACGAAGAAGCCCAUGCGACCAAGUCGCCCAACCAGGGCCAUCGCCCAAGCCAGGGUGAAAAUCGAGCUGCCUUGGCCGCUGCCGCGAUCGCACAGCAACAGAACCAGCAACAUGGCAAUCAAGGCCGUGGCCUGCAGCCCGAUCGAACCCUCGACAUGCAGCGCAAGAUGGGCCAGAACCCUCUGACAUCCCAGCACAUUGAUCUAGACACAAUCGAUGAUAUGGAACUAGACGAGCCUAUGGGAGACGAUGACGGCACUACUUCCCAGCUGUUCUCGCCUCAGUUACGCGAGAAUGGCCAGGGCGGAUUUGGUAACUCCAACCAGGGCCCCCAAUUAAAUUUGGGCAUGCUUCCAAACCACCAGGGCUUCAACACACCCUCUCAACCUGGCACUCCUGUCGGAUCUGCUCGUCCGCUCUCUCUGCAGAACAACCCUACCGUGUCCUCCGUGAACACCCCCACUUUAAUGGCAAACCCGCUUCAAAACUCCCAAUUUCGAAACACACCCGAUUCUUCGGGACCUGGCACACCCGCCGAAAUUGACGAGAGUGUGGUUGGCGGAUUUGGCGACCUUACUAUGCAGAAUAACAUGGGACAGAACCAGGGGCAGUAUGGGCGCUAUACGGGCAAUAACGACAUGGUAGAUCUUUGCAUCGACGAGCCGGCCAAGCGACUAUUUAGUCCUAGCGGCGGCAUGGGCACUCCCAACGCACACUUCAAACUAAGUGGGGCUCAAUAUGGCCCGAAUAGCGAUAUCGCACGGCGGAUCAGGGAACAGCAGCUGCUCGCUGGGGUCCCCGAUACCACCUCCAUACUCCCUAACGAGGAACCGAAGCCAUUCAGGUGUCCCGUUAUCGGUUGUGAGAAGGCCUAUAAGAACCAAAAUGGGCUUAAAUACCACAAGGCUCACGGCCACAAUAAUCAACAACUUCACGACAACGCCGACGGCACGUUCUCGAUUGUCAACCCUGAAACAUCAACACCAUAUCCGGGGACCCUCGGCAUGGAGAAAGAGAAGCCCUACCGCUGUGAGGUAUGCGGCAAACGCUAUAAGAACCUGAACGGACUCAAGUACCACAAAUCACACUCGCCUCCCUGCAACCCCGACUUCCAGAUCGCAGCAGGGCGCAACAUGAACCUCGGCGGUGGAGUUAUGCAGGGACAGAAUAUUAACGUAGCUGGAGCAGGACUCCCUGGAAUAGGCGAGGAGGGUCUUCUGUGA